UUCCACUGCUACGUCCUCAUCGAGUAGACCCGCUGGCAGACCAGAACAACCAGAAGGCGCGUCAUGGCAGACAAAGGUACUUCGAAGACUACCUUCAGAGACUUCAUCUCCCGGCUGGUGCCUAACUUUGGAAAGAAGUUCUACCGCUACUCAGUGUCGACGAAAUAUCACAAGUAUUCGGGCGACAUCGAAAGCUUUGAAACCAAAGGUGCAGUGCCGCCCUCCCAGACAACAGUGGCGGAGGACAAUGUGACAGGCCAGGCUGAAGCCCAGAGGAAACAACAGGAUCCCUUUAAGCAGAUGCUCCAAAAGCAACCGGUUGCUGCCGCGCCCUUGCGAAACGUGUACCAGAGCCAGUGGACGGAGAAGAGCAGUAGUGUGGGCGAACUCCUCAGUAGCGGACCUAAUCGGAGCCCGUACGACGAUAAGUGCACUACGGAAUGUAGCACGAUGACCCUUCUACUGCUCCUUGUGACCACGAUGGUCAUCAUCACCGUCUUCGGGCUCACAAGGUCUCGUCCACGUGAAACGACCACUACUGAAUAUACGUCCCGUUCGGAUCCAUAUUACGUGCCAUGGGACUUCUAUCCAGCGAGUGGCCCGACGGCCGACACACCUACCACUGCCCACGACUCUCCUAUGACGACAAGUCAUGAAACCACCCACACGACACUCGAAACUGCUGAAGAGAAGCAGACCACCACAAGCACCGGGCUGCCCAGCACCAUCUCGAACGCAUCGCGGACACCGAUUAAUCAUGAAGAGAACGCCACUGAUACCGACCACUCCAAUAGCAGUCGCAGGUCCGUGUGCGUCUACCAGAGCCGCAGCGAACAUCACGUCGUUCUGGGUAGCGAGUACGGCUUGCUCCUGUUUCAUCGUCCUACCAUCUACUGCCACGUCGUCCUGUACUGCUGCCUCAGCCUCUCCAGCCACUAUACUAUCGUAGCGCAGACUGGCAACCCUGCAUCCUACCGCCUAUUCAGCAGUCUGACGUCUGCAAACGCUGGGGGGCGACCGUUCGCCAUCUUAGGCGGAACAUCAGGGGAUGAUGGAUUGUUCGACGGCUUGCUUCAUCGCCGGAAAGUGCGAAAAGCAUUCAUUAAGAAUGCUAUCACCUGGUGUGAGAGAAACAACUUCUCGGGCAUAUAUCUGUACUGGAAAUCUCCACCAGCAAAUAUGACGUAUGCGCUCAACCAGCUCGUGAAAGAAGUCAGCCGUGGCCUAGCAGACGGGAGCCAUCGCCUGGGACUGGUCAUCGAGCAAGAUCCCGUUGUGUACUCUUACUUCGACCUUGACGCAAUCGCAACCGUGUUGGACUCCAUCAUACUUGUACCACGUCACUAUUCAGAGCAGGACUACACGCCCCACGCAUUCAGAUAUUACUCCAAUGGCACCAUAGACGACGUGUCCACCUUUACAUCCAACCUGACAGAGACGUUCCGGCAGAAGACAUGCCUCCUACUGCCAGCACGAGCGCUCACUUUCCAGCUACAACGAAACGCAUCUCCCAGCGAAACUGAGCCCCUGUCCAUAGGCCCGGGUUUACAAGGAUCCAUCACGAGGGUUCGAGGCCAACUGGCGUACUACGAACGCUGCCACAUGGUUGCCAACAACUGUUCGCAUUUGCGCACCGAGUACGGGGAGGCGGCUGUAUGCGGGGACACGUGGACCGCAUACCCAGCGUUGCCAGACCUCCCACAUUUCGCUUGCGACAUCGAAAGGGCGUCCGGGAUCAACUGCCUCGGCGUAUGGGACUCCGACUGGGACGACUUCACGGGGACGUGCGGUCACGGCGACUUUCCGUUGACCAAGGCGGUGUUUGAGAGGGUCGUCAGCAACCCGUGCUGAUUUUUGGUGACCCAAAAUAACAUGAUUGGCAGAAUGAUAAAGUGUAUAAAUUAUAUAAGAAGACGGCACGGAGGAAUUUUUUGUCCACGCUUGGUAGAAUUUGUUCAGUAAACACGGAUUCACAAAAGCUAUAAAGUUACGGAAUUUCUUACCGUAUUCUAUCGUUCCUGAUGUACCUUUCGGGAAGAGAUGAUAAUUUAACGCUGCAAUUAAAGCGCAGUUUCUGCUGAUUAUGUGCUUAAUUAUAGCUUGAUUUGCGCAUUUUAUUUUUGGCUAAAAAGGUAAACCUCUUGGUCAUUUAGUGGUGGCUUUUUUCCCCUACCAAUGUUGUGCUGAAAUUAAUGGCUCGAUCUGCGCAUUUUUUUUCGCUAAAAAUGUCCAAAUGUUGUUUUCGCUAACAAUUUAUUACGAGAAUUAAAGCAGGAUCAAAAUUCAAAGGUCUCUCGCUCUUUUGCACGCAACCCUUGUAGGUUCUAAGACCAAAAGACUAAGGUACCUAUUUGAAUGUAUAUACUCACGGGUCUGGGAAGAAGACCACAUCAUUGUAGCUUGACAUGCCCCCGUACUGUCCUUCCGCAGAAACAACGUAGCAUACACAGCAUUUGUAAGCAUCUUUAUACAGU